UUCAAGGCAUGGCUGUUUUCUCCUACACCAUUGCCAACUAUUGAGCUUCUUUUCUGUUUUUAUUAUUCGAAUAAAAUAUAUAGGGGUCCUUAGGAUCUAAUCCUCAAUUAUAACCUAAUCUAAUCUAACCCUAUAGUGUUGGAGGUUGAGUUUACAUAAAAUAGGUAUACAAUAAUCACUAUAUAUACAGUAAUCUCUUGGUUAUCCAUUACAUAGCACCUGAGAUAUUGCUGGAUAACCCAAUAUAGUGGAACCAGAUUAACUUGCUACUUGUGGUUUGACUGUUUAGUUCACAGUCAACAAGCACAUGAAUACUCUUUCCUUCGUACAGAUAUUUUUCAUCUUAAUUAUUACAAAAUUGCAAGCUGUUAUAUGUGGCUGCAUAUUUGUUUUAAUGGCUUUCGAUUUCAUGGUGGAAUAACAACACUACAUCAUCCGCUACACUGGGCUAUGCAAUGCUGCCGUUCUAGUGUCCUUGACAUGUGUAUCCCUGGCAGCCAAGAUACUUCAUGUUCAUAAGUCUUUCUUUUUUUCUUUUAUGCUGGUUUUUAUGUAAAAUCUGAAUGUAUUAUAUUGAGGACUAGAUUAUUUACAGUAAGAAUGUUUCUUUUGUUGUACAUUUAUUUAAUAACUUAUUUAAAUAUCAAUUAUUACUGCCUCUAACCAAGAAAUUAUGCUUAUAUUGCCUCGAACCAACCAGGUUGCAACCAUAACACAUUUUAUUUAAAUGCUGAUGAACUGUUUGGAAGGUUAAUUAAAUCUGAACUUCAGAAGAAAGCUUUUGUGUUGGGAAUCAUACUUAGGUCUCUGAGCGUGAAAGCGGAACAUUUUACCAGUCGAGCAAUAAGUACAUGUUGUGCGCAAGUUGGAUUGUGGGUCUUGUAUGUUUGGCUCACUACUGAGCAUUCUGGUAUAUCUGCAGCUUUUUUUUUUUUUAGUAUUUUUUACCUUUUUCCCAUUAAAUAUUAAACUUAGAGCCUAAUGGACAAAUUAGGUUUUUAGAGUAAGAAUAUACACAAACCAACGAAGUGUGACUCACUAUAAACAUAUGCUGGCAUCCAUGUGUCUGUCUCUUAGCCACAUUACAGAGCAAUAUUCUCAAAAGUGAAGUUAAAUUAAAUGUUUAACCUCCUGACUUAUUUCUGGAACCAAUUUUAGUAAUAGAGGAUGAAUGGCUUAUGUGUAUCCCUUGAUUACUUACUGGUAUGAUUUACUGUAAUAAGUAGGACUAGUUGUACUUAUUAGGACAUGUAUAUCCACUUGAAACUGUCAUUUGUAAAUCCAUCUGUGAAACUCAUUUUGUACAUUGGUAGUAUAUCCACUUAUAAAACUGUCUCAUGUAUAUCCACCUCUAAAACUGUCUCUUGUAUAUCCACCUCUGAACCUGUCUGUUGUAUUUCCACCUCUGAAGUUGCCACUUGUAUGUCCACCACUGAAAGUAUCUCGUGUAUCCCCACCUUUGAAUCUAUCUCUUUUACUUUUCUUUCGGUCUGUUCUGCUUUUAUUGUAAAUUAUUUAAAAUCAUACGUAACAGUGCAUUUGCUGAGUGCAGUGUUUGUUAUAUAUACAGAGAUAUGGUGUGGAAAAAAUGUUAACAGUGAAGCAAAGCAAGGAGUAUGUAUUAUAAUUUUGUGGGUGUGUUGAGAGAAAUGUAAAGAAAAGGUAACUGGAACACAUGUAUGAUGUGCAAGGCUAAAGGAAAUCCUACAAUUGUGUAAAUAUGUAAGGUGAAGAUUAGACCCAAGAGGAAAGAGUGGUUAUGAUUGGUAGGAAUGAUUGAAAAGCAGCUGUGAUAAAUGUGACUACCUGAAGAGCAAUGAUGAGACAUUUUGCAUCAUGUCCAGCCUGCUGAUGGUCACUAGCAGGAAAGGUGAUGAGUGUUAUGGUAUACCAAGGAUAGACCAGCUUCGCUGUCUGUGUAUGUGGAGGGACUGAGGCAUGUAUGAUUGGCUCUCAGUUGUUGCUGCUGUUGAGUUUAAACAAUUGAUGAAUAUGGCCAGCGGUGGGGAUGGCCACUCCUCGACCCCUGAGCUAGACCAAGGGCAAGUCAACAGUGAAUCAGAUCAUAUGGAUUCAGAAGACAGCAAGGAGCGAGAGGAACCACCAGCUGUACCUGAUCCUGUAGAAAAGAGUGUAAUGAUUCUUGAACGAGCAAAAUCAGACACUGAAAAAUUUGCUGCCCUGUUGAUGGUAACAAAGCUUACCAAAGCAGGGAAGUUGAGUGAGACAGAAAAGAAGAAAAUUAUGAAUGCUGUGGGGUUGCCAUUUUUAGCUCGUUUGAUGAGGACUAGUGAUGUGCCAGAAGGAUGCCCACCUUUCAUGUUCAAAUCUAUUGCAUUAACAGUAUUAACAUCCCUAAUGUCAUGCUGUUCAGGCAGUCAAGUAUUAUAUGGGCUGAUCCCUAUUCUGUGUGAAAUCAUUUCAAAGUCUGAGUUGUACGAGACUGACCUUACUUUAAUUAAAGACUCUUAUCAGUGUCUUAAGUAUAUAGCAUCAGACCAAUGUGGCAGUGAAGCAAUCAUUGACUAUGAAGCUCUAGCUGCACUUGUAGAAGCUUAUGCUGAGGGCAACUUUGGUUGUAAUGAUGCCAUUGAUAUAAUUUUGAUGGUUGCGUCUGAAGAAGGAACAAAAACUUGGGAAGAUGAACCAGAAGCCUUCAUGAAACUUAUGACUCAUAUUGCCCAUGAAUUUGUUGUAGAUCAUGAAGAAAAUAAAUUCAAGUUAUGUAAUGUUCUCACUAAGUUGUUACAAAGUAUGCCACCAUCAAGUGAAAUGGAACAACAAGGUUGGAAACAAGAUUUACAUAAAGGCAUAUCAGAUAUAAUAUUCAGUAAAUUAGGUAGAGAACAUCGAAUUAGUGGGCUUAGAUUAGCAGGAACAGCAUUAGAAAACCUUGGUUUGCUUUGGCUUUUGCGAGCUGGAGCAGAGUCAAGUACAGAAGAGACAAAAGGGAAGCAGUUACUUCUGAUGAUGGUUCACUUGUCAUGUAUUGAAGUUCGAAUGGGACUUGAAGAUAGAACUUUUGAAGAGGUUGUCUCAAAUGCAUUGCCAAUAACUGCUUGUUACACAAUUAUAGAAAUGUCAGUAGUUUUUCUUGUGAAUGGGGCUGUAGAUUUUGAGCAGAAGCAUAAACAACAGUUAUAUGAAUCUCUGAAAGGUGCUAUCAAUGCAGUUUUGAAAUUUCUCCAGGGAGCAUCAUUUGAAGAUGCAGUUUUAGAGAGUUCAAAGACUUAUAUGUUUGUGUGUGCAACAAUUCGUGUUCUCUGUGCUUGGCUGGCUGAGGAGACUGCAGCAAAUAAAGAUGAUGUUUAUAAAACACUACCUUUUGUGAUUAAAAUUUGCAAGCACAGUUUUGAUCACAACAAAACCAGUGUCUCUAAGUCAAAAAAGAAAGGUCACUCUGUAGUGACUCACAAGGCAGAGGAUAAGAAGAAAUUACCUGAUGUACUUAAGUUUCUGCUCCCAGGGCUGUGUCAUCUCACAGCGGAAGAUAUUCCUCGCAGAAUCUUGAUUGAUCUUGAGCUGGAAAAUUUAUUGUUUGAAUAUUUUAGUUUUCACUGGAAUAGUAUCAAGGAUGCUUUUGGUCCCCAAGUAAAGGAGGAAGUAGAUAUUCCUGUACACAAGAUACAUGCUGCAGGUGAAGCCAUGAGUACAAUUAGUAAUAUAUUCAUGAACAUUGUUGUUCAAGAACCUGAGCGUGUAAAAAGUGAUAUACUGUACUAUUCAUUAAUGAAAUUUAUCUUUUGUAAACUACCUGAAAUUCCACUUGAAUCGUGUCACCUUAAACUUAGUGGAACUUUAUGUAUACUGGGUCUCAUGAUAUUAAGGCAUCAACACCCUAAUGUUAAGAGCACCGAUUUCACAAUAUUCAGGUUUGUCCAAUCUACUGUUCGCUUCCUUUGGGAUUCCCAUAAUGUUGAAGAGAGCAGAGAUUAUGCCACUCUGGUAGUGUCCUCUAAGUAUGAGUCUGAUUGGGGUAGUUUAAUGGACAUAUGGUUCCUUGGUAUGCAUACAUUGAGUUUCCUCCUUCCUAUUAUACCAUGGCUGAGUGACUUCUUGAUGGAAAGUGAAUGGCCUCAAACUAUUGUGGCUACUUUAUUGACUGUCCGUGAAGGAGGCUUAGAUGUGGGACUGAAAAGUGCCUUAGAAGACUUCUUGUCUUUGCUUUGCAGAUCUUCAAAUACUGCUAAUAAUGUUCUCCAAGAAAAAGGAGUAUUGCAAGUGUGCAAGAAUCACAAACUUGAAGAACUUUCUCAUGUCUUUGGUGUAAAACUUUAAAGGAUCAAGUUUUCAUAUAAUAAACUAACCAUUUAGUUAGCUGGUAAUUGGCUUGCAGCUAAAGUUCAACAAAAUGAGUAUUGAUUGUUAUGAAUUACUGUGAUGAACAGGAUGUGUCUGCUAUUUGAAAUAGUCUUUGGCAUACAUAAACUUGGUAGAAAAGAAGUCUGGAAUGCAGAUGUUUUGUGGAUUAUUGUGAGUCUUUCAUGUGUUGUAUUAUUCAAGUUAAGGAAAGCAUUAAUUGUGUAAUGGAUAACUCAAGUACACAAAUAUUUUUAUAUUUCUUUUCUGGAUGUCAGUUGAUCAUGGCAUAUGUGUUUGAACAAAAAAAAAAGCUGUUUUACUGAAUUAAAACGUCCCAAUUGCUUUUACUGAAAAUUGGUUACUUUAUUGUAUUCAUUUGGUGCUAGUGGUUCAGUCACAAGAUGUACUUUUUUCACAGUAUGAGUUGAGAAUCCUUUAUUUUGAUAUUUUGUGAUAUUAGAAUGCUCUGUGAUGUAUGUCUGGCUCAGUAUACGUAUGAUUGAUUCAUCAUAACUUAGUUUUCUGAAAAGUGUUAUCUGAUUUUUUUUUUUCACCCCAUAACCUAUCUUGUAACUAGUUUUCCUUAACAGAAAACCUUAAUAGAUUAGUUAUUCACCACAGUAGCCUGUUGAUCACCCAGCCAGACUUUCCCCUACAGAAAGAGCUUGGAGCUCAUACUGACCAAUCUUCAGGUAGGACUGAGACCACAUCACACACCAAGACAGCAAGGCAACAACUCCUUGAGUUACAUCCCAUAUCUAUUUAUUGCUAGGUGAACAGGGAAUACACAUUAAGAGACUUGCCCAAUAGCCCAAUGUGUCGCAGAUUCUCAUAAAAAUAACUUUAAUAUGAAAAUUUCCACUUGCAAGCAGAUAUAAAGGAUUCUUGGCUUGUACCAACCUUUGUUGUACAAAAAUCUCAUUGACUUGAGAGCCUUUAGGAAAUUUUUGAGUCACAAAAGAUAUUUUAACAAACAUUGAAUGUUUUCUAAGAGUAGAGUAGACACUAUCGUUACAUCUCAUUCUUGAACAAAGAAGGAUUCAGUUAGUAGGGUAAAAUUUUAUAUAUAUAUAUAUAUAUAUAUAUAUAUAUAUAUAUAUAUAUAUAUAUAUAUAUAUAUAUAUGAGUAUAUACAUGUAUAGAUGCGAAUAGCAUUGCAGGCUGACAUUGGUAGAGAAAUUAAAUAUUGUGUUUAAUUAAUAUUUAUGCAUUGAGUGAAAAUGUCAUUGGUAUUUUGGCCAUAAUGAUAGUUACUUAGUAAAAAAAUUAUUUUGAUGUGAGAUGUUGUACAGUACAAUAUUUUGCUAAGUAUGAACCUAUCAUAAUGUAGUUUGUUAUGUGGCUGCUGUGCUCAUUGAUUUGUGGAUGAGAAAAUAAAAUGAGUGUUUUUG